CUUUAACCUAUUCUAUGGAUAUUGCAUCCAGAUUUGACAAUCUACGCGACAGAUAUGAACAUCGCGCAUAUGCACGAUGAUCGUAAGCCCAAACCGGCGACGGAGGACAUUGAGCAGAUCUCUUGGCAGCUUAUCCACCACCCAUUGAGCCCUGGGAGCGACAUCAAGGUUGCAAACCUCGUCUCGGUCUCCUGGCUGGACGUCGCGGCCAUGUUUCGAGACGCCAAUGCGCCCUCCGAGACUGGACGGUACAGUGUCCACUGGAGAAUCAACCUGAACGGAUCCGCAUCGGAGGCGGUCGUUGCUGGCACUGAAUUCCGUGCCAUUGUGUUCAAUAAGAACGAGGACCCGCUGUCAGAUGCUCUGUCCAAGAACCGCACCCCCGAUAUUUCAUUCAAGCCCACGAACGUACAAGAGCUAAUGCAGCAUACGGACCGACCCGGCAGUGUACCGGGACGACCCAAGAAUCUUCAAGAGGCUGUGGCUCUCCAAGAAACGCCUGGAUAUAACCCCAAUGUCCAGGGAUUCUUCACACUAACCCUGCCCGGCGAACUUGACAUCGAAGGAGGCAAUGUUGGAGGCGUGUUGGUCCAGAUUCAGAACCAUUCCAGGCGAGUAAUAACAACGUAUCUAUGUUUCGUUUGUCAUAGGCUCAAGACGUUAAAGCUGAUAUCUGGUUUUAUUACGGUUGUAUAUUCAAAAAUAGUACUUCGAAGAGUGGAUUCCAGAUCGAGUCAGUCCAACUCCUUCGCGUAGAGUAGAACAAAGAAGGACUGCGACCAAUACGCGUUUUUUCUUCAAUAAAACGACU